UUUCUCCGCUAGAGGCGCUCACUUGGUCGGCAUUGUUUACGAAAAAUUGUGGGCUGUUUGGUGAGCACGCGAAAAAGCCAGAAAACCCCUAAAAUAGUGGAAAAUGUCCAAGAAAAUGUCGCGAUACCCCAGCGACUGUAAGGUGUACGUUGGCGAUUUGGGCAACAACGCCAGCAAGCAGGAGCUGGAGGACGCCUUCAGCUACUACGGGCACUUGAGGAAUGUGUGGGUGGCCAGGAACCCGCCGGGCUUCGCCUUCGUGGAGUUCGAGGAUCCGCGCGACGCCGAGGACGCCGUGCGCGGCCUGGAUGGCAGGACCGUGUGCGGCCGGCGGGCGCGCGUGGAGCUGUCGAACGGGAAGUCGGGACGCGGCUAUCGCGGCCCGUCGUCCAGGAGCCGCGGCCCGCGUGUGUUCCAUCCGGACGAUCGCUGUUACGAGUGCGGCGACAGGGGCCACUAUGCCAGGGACUGCACGCGCUACGGCCGACGCGGCAGACGCAGGUCCCGCUCUAGGAGCUCCAGGAGCCGCUCACGCGACCGCAGAAGUCGCUCGCGAAGCGCCUCGUCGCGUGACUCGCGCGGCUCGCGCAACGGACGCUCGAGGACACCGCGACGCUCGCGAUCGGACAGUCCGGAAGAUGCCAAGAGGCGUCGCUCUGUGUCGCGAUCCAAGAGUCGCUCGUCGCGCUCGCACCACAACGGCACGGAUUGAGGAGCGCGCGCGCGCGCUCGCCGACGACAGGAUGGGAUUCUGGAGAUGAUUGCGAGAUUCAUAAAAACGACACCCACCAACAUUGGAGAAUGGACGCGUCUCUUCGCGGGGACGCGCAUUGGAGGAUGUGGCAAUCAAUUAAUUGAAGAACUAGAAAUAUAAACUGGAUAUUGGAUAAUGGAAAAAAAAGAAUAUGUUUUAGAGAAGUACAAGGAAAAGAAAAAAAAAUAUAACAUUUUUAGCUUCAACACACUUUUCUCGUGUAGGUAAAAUGAUUAUUUUAAAAGAAAACACUAUUAUUAAAUGUGCGAUGGAUAUUUUUCUCAAUAUUAGACCUUUCUUGUGUAAUCAUUGAAAUGUAUAAUCUGUCUGAUAUUGCAAAGAUUGAGAAAAAGGGGGAGAAAAUGAGGCUUAACUGCCUCAUUUUCCCUUCUCUCAAGGCUUCCGAGCCACUGAAAAUGGAGUGAAAUGAUGGAAUUUUCAUUCCAUCUGCAGUGCAAAGAAGUCUUUCUGUCUAGAUUGUAAGCAUAUAAACCAUAUUCACUUCUUAUUGUAGAAAGAAAAACUGUAUAAAAAAGGGCAAGUAAUUCGCUUUUUCCUCUUUCCUGCCCUGAAUUCCUUCGAGCCAUUAGGAUUUCCGAAUCUCUGAAUCUCUUCACAGUCCUCUUCUUGCACACAAACAUGCAUUUUUUUAUUUUUGGUAAAAGGAUAAUGAUUUAUUUUCAGAUUUUUGAAGUGCCCUAGUAAAUUAAUUUCUAGGAUUUUCUUAUAUAUAGUGACAUUUUUACCUUGAAUUGCAGAAGCGGUUUUUUUUCGUAAAAAUUUUAUCUAUAUAAAAUAAUGAUUUUCAAAGAUAUUUUAAUUGUAAUCUUGUGGAUACUUUUUGUAGAGUUUUGUCAAUG